GACCCAUUCGCAGUCUCCCACCGGCGACCACACGCACACGCACACGCGCACGGCACCCGCACCUGACCUUCUCCCCUACCGCGCCUCGGCUCGGCCAGUCAACCCAACGAACCCCGGCCGCGCCAUGGGCGACGCCACGGCCUCGGCCCCGGCGAGCACCAAGACGGCGGAGCUGGACGCCCCGCUCAGCGCGCUGGGCUUCGAGAUCGAGGAGGUCUCGCCGUCGCGGCUCACCGGCCGCCUCGUCGUCACGGACACCUGCUGCCAGCCGUUCAAGGUGCUGCACGGCGGCGUGUCGGCGCUGAUCGCGGAGGGCCUGGCGAGCAUGGGCGCGCACAUGGCGUCGGGCUACCGCCGCGUCGCCGGCAUGCAGCUCAGCAUCAACCACUUCCGGAGCGCCGCCGCCGGCGACACCGUCCUCGCGCGGGCCGUCCCCGUCCACAUCGGCCGCUCCACCCAGGUAUGGGAGGUGAAGCUCUGGAAGAUGGAUGCAUCCACACAGGGGGAAGGGCCUCAAAUCGCCGAGGCAAGGGUCACGCUCCUCUGUAAUCUACCCGUGCCGGAUGAGAUGAAAAGUGCGGGAGAAUCCCUUAGAAAAUACUCUAAACUGUAAAACUCGAGACAAAUUAAGCUCGACAUGGGAUGAUCCAUUGAUAUGUGAUUCUGUGAAAAUAUAUUACUGUAAGCUUCUUACUUUUCACUUGUGCGACGAACACUGAUGGAUCAACUCGGCAGAAACAAGCUUCGCGUGUGUGGUUGAUGGACCUCGCUAUCCAGCAAUUACUAAUUU